AUGCGAAGGUUCAAUUCCUCUCAUCACAGUCAUCUCACAACCUCUUCAAAAUAUCUUCAUCAUAACGGUCAACAACAAGAGCUGAAUGAGCAUCAUCACAGAAAUUCAACACCAUAUUGGUGGCCACUUGAUGCAUUAUUGAAAAAAAUGUAUUACAGCAAAUUUACGGAUCAGAGUCCGAUGAACAUUCCUCAGAACUAUGAUGGUGGAAAUCGUGGUGAUGGUGAGGAUUAUGAUGAUAUUGAGAGAGGACGAGAGGGAAUGAAUUAUGAACUGUUCAGAGAUUCCGUUCCGGUUUCGCUUAAUGAUGGUAAUAAUCAUCUCCAUCAUGGGAAUGAUGAUGUUGAUGAACGACCAUCAUCACAAAAUUACAAUGAUCAGAAUUCGAGCCAUCGCUAUUUUACGGAACAGCCAAAAGCAAAAUAUGCUGCAUUAAGGACACAUAAAAGAUUCACCAUUAAUCCAUUGAAGGCUUGUUUGGGGAGUACAUUGACCGUUAUUUUGUUGGGGGUGAUGGCACUAAUUAUAUUACUAGUUGUUCUCUUGUUAGUGGAAAAACCACGACAAGUCAUUGUAGUCUUGUCAAUCGACGGAUUUCGGUAUGACUAUUUAGAUUUAUAUCCACAAUAUGUGCCUACCCUGUUAAAUAUGCGAAAAAAGGGAGUUUAUGUUGACAAGUUAAAGCCUUCAUUUCCAACUAAAACCUUUCCCAAUCAUUAUACAAUAGCAACAGGUCAAUAUGUCCAAUCUCAUGGAAUGGUCUCAAACAAAUUCUACGACAAAAAAGCCCCUUUUGACUCGAAAAUUUUCACACAACAGCUCACAGAUCCCUUUUGGUGGGAACAAGGAGAACCCAUUUGGAUUACAGCUCAAAAACAGAAAAUAUCAACUGCUUGCUAUGACUACCCUGCAUCGAAUGUACAAAUUCAGGGAAUGUUUCCCAACUUUUAUGAGCCAGUUUUUAUUCAUGACGAUUAUGACAUUCAAAAACGAAUUUCCAAAUUACGUAAUUAUUUAAGCAUGACAAAGAAUCAUCAAGCUGACGCUCCUAAAUUAAUCAUGUAUUAUUUAGGUUGGGUGGAUAAUGCUGCUCAUUUUCACGGAGUUCCUGAUCCUUCUAAAAAUCUCACCUCUGAGAGUAUGUAUUUUUACAAUGCUCUCAAAAUGGUCGAUGACAUGGUUUCAAAUGUCUUUCAGACCAUUUCUGAUUUACAAUUAGAGAGCCAUGUGAACAUCAUUGUGUUAUCAGAUCAUGGAAUGGAGAAUGUGAAGCAAAAAGAAAAUGGUAUUUGGAUUCAACCCAUGCUAGAUCGAUAUUUCUCGUAUCUUAACAUGACAUCUCUUAAUAUUUAUUCUAUUGCUGACUCUUACACCUCGGGCACUUUGGUUGAUUUCUAUGUGAUGCCCAAUAGCACAGAUCAAAAUGCACGUAAAGUAGCCAUCAAUACACUCUACGAAGGAAUUAAGGGAGCUAUUGACUUGUUCUCCUACCCGUGUAAAGUUUACAAAAAGGAAGACAUACCAUUCAGAUACAAGUAUACGAACAAUUCGAGAAUACCUGAUGUAUUGGUAGUGAGUGAUAUUGGUGAAUAUAGUGCCAUAGAUUCCAUGUUUUGGUGGGGAGAGAAAGCAGAUCACGGUUACGACAAUGAAGAACCUGCCAUGCAAGCCUUUUUCCAAGCUUUGGGACCUCUUUUCAAAAGUGGUGGAGUGAAAGCCUAUGAUUCAGUCGCCAACAUUCAUAUUCAUUCACUUCUCGCGGAGUUGCUCAACAUUAAUCCUUCGACACGAAAUGAGGGAAGUUUAGACGAAAUCAAAAAUGUUCUGUCCUAUGAAGUCCAUCGCUAA